AUGUACUCGGGCAGCCAUUCUGACGACUAUGACCCCCUAUUUUCAAAUCAGGACUUCGUUGCUACUACUACUAGUAUGCGGCAACCUGCAUCCAACUUCUCCCAUCUGUACUAUGAUGCCACUCACAGCGGCCCAUCCCAAAUCAUCGAUACACCUUAUGUCAACUCUAUGUCCUAUGAUCCAUCCUUCGCUUCCUACUUCUUUGGCUUGGACCACUAUCAGCCCCAGGUGUCCUUUGAUGGCAUGGCUACUUUGCCUGCUGGCACAGAGGAUGUACCAGCUCUGAAAGAGCGGCUUAGGCUACCUUUCGAGGAGCCAUUUCGUCUCGAUGAGAUGCUACAUAUACAACCCCCCAAACUUCCACUACCCAUUAGAGAAGACUUGGAUUCCUCUCUUCCAACCCACCCAAAGUCCAAUCUGCAAUUCCAUCCAUACACCGGUGUGUCUCAGGCAAAGCUGAGGGGUUUUGCUGCAAUUACCAAGGAUACUCUGGAUACCCAGGCUGAGCCUUCGCAGUCCACAUUGCAGCCCAUUGGACCUUCGGUAUAUGACAAAGAUAAUACAACUCAUGGAAUGAUAUUCAAGAAUGCACUAGAAAGUCUCAUCAAGGACGCAGUUAAUGUUACUCCCUUUUUGUCCGAGAAGGACAAAAAGCAACAUGUUCAGCAGGUGCUAAUUGGUGAUGUCGUUUUUUACAUCAUUGUGGAACUGGACUAUCUCCAGCAUAUAACAGAUCCAACCCUCAAGAGCUUGUUUUGCACAGCAUCCGCAGCUGUGAAGUGUGCCCUGCAGGAGCGUUUGACAGGACAAGAAGUCAAGUUUACUGUAACAGAUUUCAAACCCACAUACAACUCAUUUAGCGAUUAUAUCGAUAUGCAGAUUGUCCCAUACCCAGAGCUGUUGGCAUGGUGGAACAAUACUUUCUACUACACUUGCGUUGUACCUACAAUCAAAUCAGCAAUUCUAGUCUAA